AUGAUCCAAGAGCUAUUUGGUGGAGGUGCUGCUGGACUUUUAAAUAGAGACAGAGAUCUUCCCGUAUCUGGAGCCUUCGAACCCUCGCCUUCUCCUUCACCCUCUUCUUCCACCACCAACACUGCCACCACCAACGCUCCCACAGCCGCCAACCCCACCACCUCCGACAUCCAGAAGUUAAGAUGCCCACGAUGUGAUUCCGCCAACACAAAGUUUUGUUACUACAACAACUACAACCUCACUCAGCCACGCCAUUUCUGCAAGACUUGCAGGCGUUACUGGACCAAAGGCGGAGCACUACGUAACGUCCCAAUUGGUGGUGGUUGCCGGAAAAACAAAGGCACUACCAUAGCAACCACCAUAGGAAAACCAAUCUCCUCCAACGGAAAACUGAAAGCUGUAGUUUCAUCUGAGCUUGGAAAGUCCGGUUUCAUCAACGGUUUCGAACAUGAAUUUACUCACAACCCAAUUCUAUGGUCUGGUCCUCCACAAACCUCUCAUCUUCUUUCACUACUCAGAGCCACACAAAACCCUAACCCUAAUUUUGCAUCAAAUUCCGUAACCCACAUCAAAGAUCAAGGCUUUAUGGUUGGAUCACACAUGUCUAACCUAGGAUUCGAACCUUUAGGUCAAGCAUCAUCAUUAGGACUAUGCAGCUCUUUGUGGAGAAACAAUCAUGUAAACCAACAAGCUCAACAAAACCACCAUGAACAACAUCAACAAGGGAUGAUGAGCAGUGGACAUGAAGUUCAAAAUACAGAAAACAAUCAAGGUCAACGGUAUCAACGGUUGAGAUCAUCAUCUCCUGUUAACUACUUCCAUCAUGAUCAAACGACACCUUUGAUCUUGGGUAGCAAUGUCGCCAACACUUCAUCCUCAAUAUCAACUUCAACCAUCUUGGAUUCUGCUCCAGUUCUUACGGGUGGUGAGCUGGGGUUUUGGAAUCAAAGCCUUCCAUGGUCCGAUCUAGCUGCUGCUAAUGGUGCAUACCCUUAA